AUGGCAUUCAAAUUCGUAUCUUUGUUCGCUUUGCUCGCUGUAGCCAGUGCUGGGAUUGUACCAGCUGCCCAGGUCUAUCAUGCUGCCCCCGCUGCUGUGGUAAAAACUGUUGCUCCAGCAGUUCAUGUCCAUGCCCAGCCAGUGUUGGCUAAAGCUGAUGAUGAAUACGAUCCUCAUCCCCAGUACAAAUACGGUUAUGAUGUUAAAGAUGCCGUCUCUGGUGAUACGAAAAGCCAAGUUGAGGAACGUGAUGGUGAUGUUGUACGUGGUGAAUACUCUUUGAUUGAUGCUGAUGGUUUCAAACGUACUGUUCAAUAUACGGCCGAUCCCGUUAACGGUUUCAAUGCUGUUGUCAAUCGUGAACCAUUGGUGGCUAAGGCUGUUGUUGCUGCUCCUGCUGCCGUAGUUAAGACUGUUGCUCCAGUUGCUCACUAUGCUGCCCCCGCCGCUGUUGUCAAGACUGUUGCUCCAGUUGCCCACUACACUGCUCCCGCUGCUGUUGUCAAGACUGUUGCUCCAGCUUACACCACUUACUCAGCUCCUGCUGUUGUUAAGACCGUUGCCCCAGCAUACACCACCUACUCAGCGCCAGCCACCUAUGUUGCCCAUCACUAA